GCUCUCGACGCCAACGACAUUCUCCCUAGCUAGCUCUCUCCGGGUGCCCUAUUUUUAGCAUUAGCUAACGCUCCUCCCGUUCAAUAAACUUCUCCCAUAGCUUACUUUUGUGUCUUCUACCCAUUGAUUAUGGUUGGUCGUCUAGUCGCGUACCAGGUAUAUAGCGCACAGUCUACGCGCUACAAUUGGUGACCCCGAAAAAAUCUAUUUUGGUGAGUUCGGUACUAAUAUUACUUUUCAGAUCCAGUAACUUUUUCUGUCUACCCUUCUACUUUUACUUUUUAAUACUUGCAUUCACUUUCACACGCUCCGAAAUUUUUCACCAUGAUGGUUAUUCACUCACCUGAAGAUCAGGUUAGUGCGUUCCGUUUUCCUAUCCCGCCUUUCCGUGAUAAUAACCCUAAGGCCUGGUUUAACCAGCUAGAGUCCAUUUUUUCGUUACAUGGCGUUAAAUCUGACAGCGUCAAAUUUCACUGCGUUGUCGCCGCGCUUCCCCCGCAAGUCGUCGAUGACCUCGACGACAUCUUGGAACUUCCGGAACAUCAGAAAAGUUACGAUGAGCUUAAGGCCGUCGUCUUAAAGCGAUUUGGCAUAUCAGACCAUGCUCGCGUCACGCAGCUUCUUAAUGAAACCGAGCUAGGGGAUCGGAAGCCUUCU